ACGGGUAGCUACUGGUUUAUACUGGUCCAUACUGGUUUAUACUGGAAUUUCUCCCCAUUCCCGGAUUCUUUUGGGACCUUUUCACCCCAAAUUUUUUGGGGAUUUUUUCCUGAAUAUUUUCCUCCAUUUUUUUUUAAAUUUUUUGGGAAUUUUUUGGGAAUAAUUUGAAUUUUUUAGGAAUUUUCCAUGACCAUCCACAACCUGUACAUCUUCGACCGCAGCGGCCGCUGCCUCUUCUACAGCGAAUGGCACCGACGGAGGGGAGCUGGAAUUCCACAGGAGGAGGAAUUCAAGCUGAUGUUUGGGAUGCUCUUCUCGCUCCGCUCCUUCGUGGCCAAGAUGAGUCCCACGGACAUGCGGGACGGGUUCGUGUCGUUCCACACCAGCCGCUAUCGCCUCCAUUACCUGGAGACGCCGUCGGGGCUGCGCCUGGCGCUCAACACCGACCUGGGCGUGCCCAGCGCCCGCGAGGCCCUGCAGCACAUCUACGGCAACCUUUUUGUGGAGCUGGUGGUGAAGAAUCCGCUGUGCCCCCCCCGGGCCCCCGUCCAGAGCCUCCUGUUCCGGCAGCGCCUCGACGCCUUCGUGCGCAGCCUCCCCUACUUCGGGCCCCGGAACCCCAACAGCUGAGCCCAAAUCAGCAAAUCUGACCCCAAAAUCGGGAUCGGCGACCCCGAAAACCCCAAAAUCGACCCCAAAAUCGGGAUCGGAGACCCCGAAAACCCCAAAAUCGACCCCAAAAUCGGGAUCGGAGACCCCGAAAACCCCAAAAAUCCCCAAAUAAAACCCAAAAUCCCAAACCCGA